AAAAAAAAAAAAAGUUUGAGUUUUGAGAGAGAAGAGGAGGUGAAGAAGGAGGGGAAAGGCAAAAAAACGGAUAGAGAAACGGUCCGAGACGCGACACUACCAACCGGAACUGCUACCUUUUUCACCCUCCUCUCCGCCACCGCCACCGCCACCCCCGGCGCGGCGGCUUCUAGAAUCGUCUGGAACCCAGUGUGGGCAGGCGGCGCGGAGACAUCUCGGCGGCGGCGGCGGCCAUGGCGAGGAGGCCGUGCUGCUGAGAGCCUCGUCCGCCCAGCCCGCCGACCGCGCGGGAGGAGGAGGAGGGGAUCCGAGGGGGAGGGGGGAGGUGUAAGGUAGGGGGGCGGGGUGGAGGAGAUCCCGCGCGAUGCAGAUCCGGGAGGGCCCGCGGCGGGGGGCGGCAUCGGCGGCGAGGUCGCCGAUGUCCGCCAUGAUGCUCGCCAUGUUCGCCACAAUGGCCUCCUUCUACGUCGCCGGCCGUCUGUGGCAGGAUGCGCAGAACAGAGUUUACCUGAUUAAAGAGCUCGACAGGCGAACUGGCCAGGGCCAGUCGGCAAUAUCGGUGGAUGAUACCCUGAAGGUUGUUGCAUGCAGGCAGCAAGGAAAACGGCUGGCCUCCCUUGAGAUGGAGCUGGCUGCAGCAAAGCAUGAAGGUUUUGUGGGGAAAUAUACCUACGAGACAAAUGGAACUAAUUCUAGAAAGAGGCCAUUGAUUGUUAUUGGAAUAAUGACAAGCUUUGGGAGGAAAAACUACCGUGAUGCUGUCAGGAAGUCAUGGCUUCCGACAGGUUCAAUGCUGAAGAAACUAGAAGAAGAUAAAGGCGUUGUAGUACGCUUCGUAGUUGGAAGAAGUGCAAACCAAGGGGACGCUUCAGACAGGGAGAUUGAUGAAGAAAAUAGAAGUACAAAAGAUUUCAUGAUCUUGGAUGAUCAUAUAGAGUCUGACGAGGAGAGUCCUAAAAAGACAAGAAGUUUCUUCGCUAAUGCUGCGGACUCAUUUGAUGCUGAAUUCUAUGCUAAGGUCAAUGAUGAUAUAUACAUAAAUGUUGACACUUUGAGUGCAAUGCUCAAAGAACACUGGGACAAGCCUCGUGUCUAUAUUGGCUGCAUGAAAUCUGGCGAGGUCUUUUCUGAAUCGAAUCACAAGUGGUAUGAACCAGAUUGGUGGAAAUUUGGUGAUGGAAAAACGUACUUCCGCCAUGCUUCUGGUGAAAUGUUUGUCCUCUCAAGGGCUGUAGCUCAAUUCAUCUCUAUAAACAAGUCUGUUCUCCGGACAUAUGCACAUGAUGAUGUUAGUGUAGGAUCAUGGUUAAUUGGGCUUGCUGUGAAGCAUGUAAAUGAAGCAAAAUUAUGUUGUUCAUCCUGGCCCUCAGGAGCUCUGUGUUCAGCUCUGUGAGGAGCAACGCCUUCCAGGUGAAGAAUUUUGUGAAAAUUAUGUUAGGAUCAAGAUGAUACAGAAUGAAGCAUACCAUCUGCGGACAAUGAGACCAAGCUGGCGUUUUGAAGAUUUUGUCUUUCUUCUGCCAUUUUAUGUGGCGACCGUUGAGCAUGCAACUAUAGUUCAAACCGAAACAUAUAUAUCUUCAUUGCAAAGGAAAAAAUCUUGUAUCUUUUUCCUGCAAGACCACACUGCUAAAAUCAGGGAUCCUAACAAAAUUCCAUCUGCAGAUUGUAUCUUGGUUUUGCCUGUCGCUUGUAGAUGUCCACCCUUACCAUUCUUUUACUGACAGACACCAUUGUUGGAGUGACAGAAUCUAAUAGCAAAUCAGGAGAUUAUUUUGCUCCCAUCAGAGUA